AUGCCGAUUCAAAGAUUAUCAACAUUGGAAAACGAUUUAAAACAAAAUUCUAUUAACAUAAUAGUAAAUGAAUCGUAUGAUGAAAAUGAUUCUGAAUAUGAAGAUGUGGAGAGUGAAGACGAAUCCAAUGAAAUAAAGAAUAUAUCUAUAUUAAAUUCUAUUUCAAAUAAAGAUUCUUCUAAAACAUUUAUGGAUGAAGAUGAAUUACAUCUAAAGGUUAAACCUCGACGUAUAAAUAAAAAACGUCAAGAUGAUGAACAUUCCGAAGGUUAUGAAGAUGAUAAUGAUAAUCAAAAUGUACCGAAUAUAAUUCAUGAUAUAAAAAAAUCUAAUAAAAAUAAGGAUAUACUCGAUGACGAUAAUAAUACUCAAAGUCCAGCUUAUAUUCCACGUAAAGGAAAAUUUUAUGAACAUGAUGAUCGAACAUUGAAUGAAAAAGAUCAAUCAAAACAAGAAAUAUCAAAAAAUGAUAAUCGAUUUUAUAAAGCUUCAGAUGCUAAAUGGCAACAUGAUCUGUAUUUUCGAGAUGAACAAUUAUUAAAAUCUCGAUCUCCAUUGCAUAAACACGAUCGUAAUCAUUUCGAUAAUAGUGGUGAUAGAGAACAACUUCAUUUACAUAAUUACAUAUCUCGAUCUCAACAAGGACGUAGUAGUUAUCAUCAACAACGAUAUUAUCAUGAUUAUCGUCAACGAGUGCCACUGAAAAAUUUUAAUAAUUCAAAUAAUAAUCGAAAAGAUGAUUUCGAUUUUAAAAAUUCCGGUCGUUCAUUAUCAAAUAAUCAUAAUGGCAAUUAUAAUAGAAGUAUAAAUACUUACGAAAAAUUACAAACAACAUCUCGCCAACAACAACAACAACAUAAUUAUAAUCCGUAUAAAAUUGAUGAACGAAUAUUUCAUCGUAGAAGAAAUUUUACAAAUAGUCAAUUUCAACAACAAGAUAAUAUACUAAAACUUCAUAAUAAUAAUAAUCCUAAUCGAAAUAUUCAAAGACGAUUCGAUGAAAAAUCGAAUGAAAAUAGUCGAUUUAAAAAUAAUUAUGAAUAUUAUAACCAAGGUGGAAAAACUCAACAAGAAAAUCGAAAUUUAAAAAGAUAUGAAUUCUAUGAAAAUAAGAAUCAUUUACCACCUCGUCUUCAAAUAAUUCAUAAUAAUCGAGAUCUAAUACAAAAACAACAAAAUCAACAAAGUCCAACUUCAAGUCUUUCAACUGAUAUAUUGAAUAUUGGACGUCCUAAACGAUAUUCAAACAUGCGUAAUAAUAUGACAAAUUCAAUUGAACAACAGCAAAUACUAUCAUCAAAAAUACAACAUUAUCAAGAUCAACGUUCAAAUAAUAUUGAACUAAAUGAUUGGCCACAAGCACCACCACCUCCAACAUCGUAUAUUCCUCAACAAAACACAACAUCUCAAAUAUUUUAUCAUCAACAAAGUUUACAAUACAUUCCAAAAAACUAUUCACCAGCAUCUAUUGCACAAAAGGUUUUAAAAAAAGUUUCUUUUUGUGAAAUACGUUCCACAACGAAUACUGAAGUACAUAGAGUAGAAAUUUGUACUCUUCAUCGACACUGA